GCGCGUUGCAUAGAUAGCACCCAAGUCUGGAGUACAGUUGUUGACUACCCCUCCUAUCCCCCGCCGGGUUCAAACUUCCUUUGCUUCCCUUUUAUCUCAUCAUAUCUUGAUUUGUGCGGCGGAUCACAGCUCUUCAUCAUGACACUCUCAUACUCUACCAAGAAUCUACCUAAGCAGCUCUUCAUCAACAACGAAUACGUUGACUCCAAGUCCUCCAAGAAGCUCUCCGUCUACAACCCCAAAGAUGGGUCACUGCUCGCCGAUGAUGUGCCUUUGGCAGGCGAGCAGGACGUUGACGUCGCCGUAGAUGCAGCAGAGAAGGCCUUCCCCGCAUGGAAGAAGAUGAGCGCGAAUCAGCGCCGAGGUAUCCUAAACAGGUUUGCAGAUCUGGUGGAGAAGAAUGCAGAUUCCAUUGCGCAGCUUUCGAGAAUCUCGCUGGGCGCGCCUGCCGCGUUUGGGGCGUUCGAGAUUGGACUUUGCGCUGAGUGCUUCAGAUACAAUGCCGGCUUCAUCGACAAGUUCGGCGGCGAGUCUUGGCCACAGGAAGACGGCUUCCUCAAGAUUGUACGCAAUGAGCCCCUUGGUGUGACUGCCGGCAUCGUUCCCUGGAACGGUCCCAUCGGUACAAUUGGUCUCAAGGCUGGACCUGCCUUGGCUACAGGCAACUGCUUCAUCCUCAAGCCCUCAGAAAAGACACCCUUCUCUUCACUCGCACUCGGCACCCUGAUCAAGGAGGCCGGUUUCCCCCCAGGUGUCUUCCAGGUCCUCACGGGAGAUGGCAGCACCGGUGCUCUGCUUGCGAGCCACAUGCGCAUACGCAAAGUCUCAUUCACUGGCUCCAUCGCAACGGGCAAGAAAAUCCAAGAAAUGGCCGCAAAGUCAAACUUGAAGCGCGUCACGCUUGAGCUCGGCGGCAAAUCUCCCGCCGUUGUGUUCGAUGACUGCAACCUCGAAAAUGCAGUGACGUGGACCGCAAACGCCAUCACCGCCAACACUGGGCAGGUCUGCUUUGCUGCCAGCCGUGUCUACGUCCAGGAAGGUAUCUACGACAAGUUCAUUGAGAAGUACAAAGAGGCCAUGAAGGCGAAGGCAAAGGAAAUCGGCGACCCAGACGACAAAUCCACAAACAUCGGUCCCCUCGUUGAUGAAGCACAGUUCAAACGUGUACAAGGCUUUAUUGAGCGUGGACAGCAAGGCCAAGGCACUCUCGCCGUGGGCGGUAAACGUGUUGGCGACAAAGGCUUCUACCUCGAGCCUACCGUCUUCACAGACGUCGAUCCCAAGUCUGAGAUUCACUGCGAAGAAAUCUUCGGCCCUGUGAGUGUUGUCAAGAAAUUCAAGACAGAGGAGGAGAUCAUGCAAUUGUCGAAUAACACGAACUUUGGGCUCAUGGCUGGUGUGUUUACACAGGAUAUCAACAAGGCGCUGCGUGUGGCGAGUGACUUUGAUUCGGGUAUGGUGGGUAUCAACUGUGUGAGUAUCAUGUUCACCAUGACGCCUUUUGGCGGAUCGAAGGAGAGUGGCCUGGGGAGGGAGUGUGGUGUCCAUGCGCUGAGGGCGUUUACGGAGCCGAAGACGAUUAUGAUUAACAUGAGCUACUAGGUCUUUCUAAGCAGUUAGAAGGUUAAAUGCGGGUAGCUUUGAGAAUUUGUUAUCAAUUGAAACCGUCC